AUCUUAUUUACACACUCAUUAACUUCUUAAGGGGAUGAAAUCUUCCCUGUCAUUGGUUCAUUAUCUCGUACAACGACAUGAUUCUCAUGCUCUCAUUGGUUAGUUUACACAUCAAUCACUCUCACAAGAGGUCAGAAAAGUAUCCACUGAACAACUUGUAAUGUAUCCACUUCCAUCGUAGUUACAGCAUGACAACCAUCUACGAGAAGCCAAACAAGGGCGUAAAGCAUGCUGAAAACUAGAGCCGUCCUGUGAGCCAAAGGUCACCAUGGAGACGGAUGAAGCACCUGCGCAGCAUAAAGAUGACAGGGCGGAGACGUGCACCGUGUCUGUCAAAGGUCUGACAGAGAACUGGCAGAAAUGGUCCAACGACCACUGUGAGUAUCAGAAACAAAAUCCCUUCAGCAACGGCAAGGUGAUUCCCCCGCAGAUCCAGCGAGGACAGGAGGGCUACGGCAGGCCUUUAGAGGGCUCCAAAACAGAGCAGAGAGGAAAAGACGCCCACUCCCACAUCAGCAGAGAGGUCACCGAGCUCUGCCAGGUCAUUAAGGAGAUCGGAGAAAGCGGAGACGACGGCAGGCCCGCUGUACGGUUCGGGAUGCUGUUUGAGAGAUACGUCACCAUCUCUGAUAAACUAGUGGGGGUUCUGCUGCGGGCGCGCAAGCAAGGGCUGGUGCACUUUGAAGGAGAGAUGCUGUGGCAGGGGAGAGAUGAUGAAGUUCUCAUCACCUUGUUACAGUGAUUUAGAGCAUUGAUGGACACCAUGUGCCUGCCUCAAAGUCAAUAUAGUGUGGUGCAGGUAUGACGUCAGAACCCGGAAGUCUAAUUUGCCGCUGGUUCCUUCAAGAUUUCCUAUGGGGUUUUAUAAUGGGGGUUUACAAUUUCUGAGUGAAAUAAAGCCUGUGGUAAACAUAAGUUGACGAUACUUCAAUGUUUUGUUCUACAGCUUACACUGCACACACUCAAACCCCAAACUGUCUUAUCUAGUUACUUAUUAAAUACGCAUGACUUCCUGGUUCUGACGUCAUACCUGCACCACUCAAUUACUGUCCAACAUUGCUUUAUAGGCAUCCAUUUUACUUGAACAUGGGUUAGGAGUCAGUUUUCCGGCCAAAGAAACUACUGCUAAUGAGAUUUAAACUGCGUGUACUGAAGUUAAAUGUGUCAUUUCUGUACCAUGAAAUGGAACUGGAAAAAUAAUGUUUUCAAAGAAGAUUUCAAAACAGUCUUGUCUUCAUCGGUCAACCAAGCGAAUAGCCCUGCCCCCAUCUCAUACCAUUGGUUAUGAGGGGCUGCUAAAAAAACCAGAGCAACAACUUACACUUUUCACAUGUUACUGCUAAAAAAACUUAAAGGGUUAGUUCACCCAAAAAUGAAAAUAAUGUCAUUUAUUACUCACCCUCAUGUCGUUCUACACCCAUAAGACCUUCGUUCAUCUUUGGAACACAAAUUAAGAUAUUUUGAUUAAAUCCGAUGGCUCAGUGAGGCCUGCAUAGCCAGCAAUGACACUUCCUCUCUCAAGAUCCAUAAAGGGACUAAAAAAAAAAAAUUAAAAACAGUUCAUUAAACUGGUUUAUUAAAAAGGUACUAAAAAAUAUUUAAAACAGUUCGUGUGAGUUCAGUGGUUCUACCUUAAUAUUAUAAAGCGACGAGAAUACUUUUUGUGCGCCAAAAAAACAAAAUAACGACUUUUUAACUAUAUAGUGAUGGGCGAUUU